AUGACUGACAUCUAUACUGAAAGAAUGAUGGAAGAGUCUCCCUCCUCUCUGAAAACUGAUGAUAUCUUCGAUAAAACGCGACAUUUUUCUAACGAAGUCUCGAUCAAUCUUCACAAAUUACAUUCAAAUCCGUUGUACUACUCAUUACAUUCAAUAUUCAACUACAAAUUACAUUCAAAUACGUCGUACUACUCAUUACAUCGCCUCCUUUUCCUUGCCUUCGAGAUCUUCUACCUUGUGCCAAUUCUCUAUGUCUGCACCCGAGUCACCCAUGAUACAAUUCUCUAUUUUGUCCUAGCUUGUACUCUACCAAUCCUCGUCUACGAUCUUCUCAAAAUAGUCAAGAAUUUGUUGAUGUUUUUCCCGGACUACGAGGAAUACAUUCAACCUGUUUAUAUCCAAAUCGACUACUUCAUGCACAAUUUGAUUCAUAUGACUUUCGUCAUUUGUACAGAGCUUUACUUUUUACACUCGAGUAUGGCGAAGUAUAAAUAUGAAUGGAUCCCCUUCGCUGUGACCACCUUUUUCGCGGCUUUCCUCGCCUCUUGCACUUGUUUUAUCGAUUCGAUUAUCACCAAUCUUUUCAUCGUCUUUUUCACCACAAUCACUGUGUCAGCUAUGGUUAUUAUGGGUUUCUGGCGUCGCAUGAAAGCGAAGAUCGAGCAUCGCCGCUAUGUGCCGCAUAAUAAAAGCGGGGAUAUCGCACUGUUUUCUGUGUAUAUCACGACACCCUAUACACUAAACGGGUUUCAAUUUUUGCUUUCAUUUGUCUCAAUUCUCGCUCGAGCCAAAGCCGAUUCCGCCUCGGAUUCGCAUCUCUGGGACGAGUCGGUUCACGCGUACGCCUCUUAUUUGAUGCAAUUUCGCCCACUCGCCAUUAUGAGCCCGAUCUUUUGGUGGAUACCACAUUUUCGUGAUCAUUGGUUCACCAUUCUGCGUCGUUUACGCCCGAAGAAGUUAGACGAAUUGAAAGCAGCUGUCGAGAAAGCGAAAGACGAUAAACGGCCACACAUCCGAAUGGUCGCAUUAGCUUUUCACGCUUUCAAA